UAGUUUUUGCUGCCGGAUGCGAGUCUCGGGUCAGUAAAAUGACAGUUUGUCUACUUCAAGGGUUGCACAGUUUGAAGCAAGAUUUCGAGCAACCUCAUGCCAGUAAGUCAACCGUGCAGCCAGGCGUUUCCUGUGUCUUCAUUACGUCAGAUGAGACAACUUUCAAGCCUCCUAGUUUGGACGGUCGUCUUUUGUAACAUGUUCACGAAAAUUUCUGCCGCUUGAUUAAAGCUUGUGUGGAGGAUUUUCCUUGAAGGACAUUACCAUCCCUUCAAAAUGGAUGCAGUAGUACGUCAGAAAGGAUUUUUUGCCCUCAAGCAUGACUGUCCCAUAGAUGCCUAUAAACCGAGUGUUACAAUAAUUACAAUAUAUUCUGAUGAGUGGUAAGCUUUGGAUGAGUGACCUUGGGAUGAUUAAACUGUUCAAUCGGGGUGGGUCGAAUCUUCCUCUCAGAUUUUUGCAUCACGAUGUCAGUUUGGAUGACCUGGAGCCUUCAAACAGUCGUCGAUAUCUUGCUGACAAUUUCCGUUCCCAAGAGAUCCCUGCAGAAUGGAGGCAAUACGUCAAGAACUUGUACUGGGGUAAAUUGUCGCCUGGCGAAGUUACCAUUCCAGAGCCUCCUUCAGUUCGCUUGUACCUGUGUUCCGGAAUUGAUAUGGACACAGAAAGAGGGAUUGUUCACAAUGAGAUAGCCCCCUUGCUGCAGGAUUAUUGUUGGAGCACGCAUGGAGUAGAGUUUCAGGUGGUAGAUAUUCGGCAGGGAACCCCAGAGCACCUAUUGGAUGAGCCCUGGACACGUGACCUGUGCUUAGCGGAGCUAGAGAGUUGUAUGCGGACAAGCAGCGGUCCUAGCUUUGGGGUCGUGAUCGGAAUGAAAUAUGGCAGACAAAUGUUACCCAGCAGGAUUCCAGACGCUACUUUCAUCGCCAUAAGGUCAGGUCUGAAACAUGCUGGAAGUGACGUCAGCUUAUUAGACACCUGGUAUUGGCGGAACACUAAUGUUACACCACCAGUAUAUCUGCUUCAAAGGAAUGUUGACAAUGGCGAGGGCCUGCGUGAGACGUGGCAAAAUUAUUCAGACGAGUUAAUCCAGUUGUUGGACGAAGGGAUAAACUCUGCAGUUUCUUUGAGAAUCAUUGAAGAGGACCAAUGUGCACAACUAACGUCUUCUCUUGUAGGUGCUGAAGUUUUGAAAGGAGUACAGUGUGAGCACCCAGAUGUUAAAUGUUUUGGCUACAUCCGGUUUUUGACAGACAAAAAUAAAGACAUGACGUCACCGGAGGCAAUGCAAUAUAUUGACGGAGAUCCAAUGAGCUGUCAGAUAGACGCAGCUGCAUUCCAAUCCAUUAGCCAUCUCUGUGCCGAUGUGAUACCAGAGGUGUUGGGCGACACAAAGAAUCUUCAGACGUUUUCCGUGUCUUGGAAAACUUUAGCUGGGCUAGGCGACAACAGUGCUCGGAAGGAGUAUGCAGUAACGUUCAGCCGUUUCCUGUAUCAAACAUGCCGUCGACUUAUCGACGAGACCUGUGCAAGGAAGCGGGCAGCUUUUCGCCAUGAACUUGUAAAAGAAGUCGGCGACCACUGGCGUAUUGCAGGAGAGAUAUCUGAGGCGACUCUGAUUCGGGAGGACAUUGCUCGGUGCGUACAGGCAUACCUGGUCGGAGCGGAUACGGAUCAAUGCCUGGUACUGCACGGACCACCUGUGGUCGGCAAAUCCGUGAUCGUUGCUCAGAUUGCUCGGUUUGUACAAUCCUCAUCCGCCGAGUUGUUUCCUGGGCUCCAGUCUGCUGUCAUCGUCCGCUUUUGCGGCUCAAUGUCAGGAACUUCGACACUCAGGCACCUCCUCUUCACGCUGUGCCUGCAGAUCUACGAUGUGAUGGGCAAGCAACCUAGUGAGAUUCCCGAGGACUGUGAGCAGCUGAAGACGCUGUUCACCACACUGAUUACGGAGGCGGAAUUCAGCGGCGUAUUGGUCAUCCUGUUGGACGGAAUUGAUAAGAUUCACCCGUGCGAAGAUGCGCACUUACUGGAGUGGAUCCCGAUGAAGAUAGCAAAUAACCUAAAACUGAUCCUCACAGUCUCUGAAGAGGCCUCUGGGCUGUUAUCCAGCCUCUCGCGAAAGAUACAAGCGGAAUAUUUCAUGAGGAUACCGGGACUGAACUCCGAAGCCUGUAGCGACAUACUCAAGGCCUGGAUCAUUCGAUCUGGAAGGGCAUUAACACCGUCUCAAUGGAAAUCCCUCCGUCAGGCCACCCAGACGUGCGACACACCAGUGUUCCUUCGACUGUUGCUCAACCAAGCGGUGUCCUGGGCUUCCUAUGACAUCAUUAAAUCUGAAGACCUUCCCAAUUCUUCAAGCGAGGCCGUUGGUCAUUUCUUUUCUCGUUUGGAGAGAAGGCACGGUUAUUUACUGUGCUCUAAAACGUUCGGGUAUCUAGUGUCGGCAGACGGUGGUUUGAGCCAGAAGGAGUUGACAGACGUUCUGCGGCUGGACGAGGAACUUUUGGACAGUCUUCGAAUUCCUUCAAAGCACAGGAAUAAAGUAAGAGAAUUCCCCGUGUGGUACCUAUAUCGACUUUUACACGACGUUAGCAAAUUCCUAAAGUCUACAGUCAUCGACGGCACACCGCUGCUCUCAUGGACGGAAGCCUUUAUUCACAACGCGGCAGUGGAGCGUUACACACGGAAGACCUCAACCAAACACAAACUCUACUCUGUGCUAUCGGAUUAUUUUCUUCGACAGUGGAGAGGUGUAACUAGACAACAAAGCGUUUGCGAAUCUUUCUCUGAGGUGCCUAGCGAUGAUGAUGUCAUACCACAGCGUCUAGGAGAGCGCAUUCCCAUUCUGCCAGACGCGUCCAGAAUGUUUAAUCAAAGAGUUUCGCGGACAUUGCCCAAAUGCCUGGCAGCGGCUGAGAGGCAUGACAUGUUGAAAUCAGAGAUACUGUGCAACCUUGAGUGGAUUCGAGCCAAACUUGCUACAGCUCCUAUAGCAGAGUUAUUCAUGGACUAUGGACAUGGUGUGGAUAAGGAAUCACAGCUAGUACUUGUGGCAUUACAGAUGGCGAGUCGAUCAUUGGCUCUGGACUUAAAUCUUCUUGGUAUCGAGCUCACAGGUCGCUUGCUUCCGUAUUCAUCCAAAUACAAGCACAUUCGGAUGCUUAUUCGGCAAUGUGACUUGGCGGCUCAGAGAUACAACCCGUGCAUUCCCAACUGUCAGCUGUACGAAAGUCCGGGUGGACCUUUGCUAUCUGAGUGCCUGCUAUCCACCGACAGUAGGCAGAUUUGCUGGUUCCAAACUUCUGAUGGGCUCAUGGUCGCGGUGCCAAACCCUGCAAACAAAUCGACUGAUCUCUGGAAUCUUUCCCUUCAGCGUCAGGUGCGUGGCGUCUCCCUGCCCACGGGAAACUUCUACCCUACAUCCUGUGGGGACAGCGUCUGUGUAGUGGGACAAGACAAUACCAUAUCCGCCCACUACACGGACACUGGGCAAGAACAGUGGACUACAAAGUGUGAUAAGGAUAUCGCAGAGCUUGUCGUCGGCGAGCAUUACUUAGCGUUCACGACAAAAAAGGGACCAGGUCCGACUGUACUUGAUGUAGAUAACGGAGAACUCAUCCACAGAUUGUUUCAUCACUGUCGCUGUGUAGCCAUUAGCGCGGAGGAUAAAUUCCUCCUGUGCGGCUCAGACACUUCCCUCUUUCUCUACACUCUGCCCCUCGUGGAAAGACAACUUGUCAUCGAAACAGGUGAAAUCGUACUAAAACUCAAGUUCUUUACGGCCGCUUGUAAAUUCUUGAUCUUGUCAAACGCUGGGCGACUAAGUUUGUAUAAUUCUGAUCUAGCUUUCAAAAGUUUUUCGACUGUGAGACUUGUGCGUGACUUUGAAAUCCUGGACUUUGUGCUUAACAAUAAGGAAAACAUGGUGCUAGUGAGAUCUGCCCACUGUUUACGGAUCUGUGACGUCAUGCAGGGAACACUGGUGCACACUCUGAAUGCGUUACCCGGAAAUGUUUGCAUGGAUCGUUCUUCUGUUUUUUCUGGAGCCGCCUUCACUCCUGACAGCUGCCUGGUCGUGGCGUCUCGAUACACAUAUUUGUGUGUGUGGGACUCUCAGACUGGACAACCUUUAAGAAUUCUGCUCUCAACCAAAAGUCCCAUAGAACGUCUCUUCACCAGUAGUGACUCUUCACUCGCUGCUUGCCUUCUGGCGAACGGGCUGAUGAAAGUUUGGAAUCUGGACAAGUUGGAAGAACAUGCCAAACUGACGAAUACUGCCACAGAUGACGAAGUCCGUUACCUGGCUAUGUCCUGCCAGACAAACACCAUACUCUGCUGUGCGGCGGGACAAUGUGAAGCUAAGAUUCUGGAUGCCGGUAACGGUGAGAUUAUCGGCUCCUUUGAGCACAGAGAGGGUUCUGAGGUUAACGAUAUCACCCUCUCUCCAGAUGGUCGUUUCGCUAUCACGUCAAGCUCUUGUGUUGACCUCGGAGAAGACACAGAAGUGGAUGUCGGAUCAGUUUCUAAUACCGAUGAUAGCUGCCUAAGAGAGGCCAUCCUGUGGGAGACAAUAUCCGGCCGCAAAAUUCACCACGCCCUUAAUGUGAAAUUCUCGGUGUUUAGUCAGGAUUCCUGUGUGGUUUCGUUCGUUACGGAUGUGCCUGACGAGCGCCACAUUUACUCUUACGCGGCUGUCACAAUCGAUAUAGAACAAAAAAUAGAGCACUACACUGAAUUGUUCAGCGCAGCGGAAUUUGUCUCUCCACCAUUUCUGCUGCAGUUUAGAUCGAAAGUCAACAGUGAUACAAAUAACAAUAACAACCAAAACAGUGACCUCUUGUUGGUUGACAACAACCAGAAAAACAGUGACCUCUUGGUGGUUGGUGUUGUAAAGUCUGAUUCACCGAGCAAAACCGAAAGUGCUUCUCAAGGAGCCUUCAAGUCUUAUGUAUUUGUCUCUUCUGUCAGUGAAAACGACAGAAAUGAAGCAAACUUUCUGAGCAUUCAGAAUCUCAUGGUUAAGGCGAAUACUAAUGACCAGAUUCUGCAUGCUACAGCCAUGAAAGAUGGACGAGUGCUAUUCAUUUAUUCUGAUGCCAGGGAAAUUGACCGUUCUGGGAAUUCAACGAUUCUUUCAACAGAAACAGCUGCAAGUGCUUUCAUUUAUGACUUUCAAACACACUGUGCUUUGAGACAUUUCCCUCAGUUCUUAUCACCGGCUUCCGUUGUAGAGGAUACAGUUUUCUCGCCAACAUUUACUUUUGCACUGGACAGUAAUCUCGAGCUAUUAAACUUGAAAACAGGAGAUAAAGUGGAAAAAUUGUCUGGGUUUGAUCCAAAACUAUGUGCCUUCGCUCUUGAUGGUAGGUACAUUUGUGCUCUAACGACAAGCAGGAAGGAGGUACUGGUGAUCCGUUCAUGUGACGGGCUUGUGAAGGGGAGGCUACUGGUGUACGGCCAAGGGACAGCACUCUGUGUUGCCGAAAAUGGGCGCACGGUGUCGGUUGGCUGUGACAACGGGCGUGUGCUAAUCUUCAGCUUGAUACUGGAGCUCAGCGAUCCUUUACGAGAGUUCGCAGGGCAGCUGCCUUCUCGUGAGACUUUAGACACAGGCUGCGCUUUGCUUGAGAGAGACAUAGCACGGAUUACGAGCGCAAGUUCUGAUCUUCGUCGCUUGUCUGCCAAACUAGAUCACACACGCCUGAGCGAAAGGCGGAGACCGUCGAGCUACAGACUGUUGACCAAUUCUGUCCACAUGACUCAAAACUUGAACCGACUACGCGGUUCGCAAACGUGCUGUAUGCAGUGAUAUGAGUAAUUUUCUACUUAGCAGUCCUAAGUAUAGUGUUGGAACACGGCAGUCUGACACAAGACUAGCAUUAUCUGCCAUGCUGUAAACUGUAAGGUGAUGAAAUAAAUGGAAA